AUGAAGUGCGCAUUAAGCCUCCUCGCUCUCGGUCUCGCCGCGACAGCACAAGCAGCUUACUACGAGUACACCACGGUAACGGGGUACUUCCUACAAGAUGAGGCCAGCACCGACCCAUCGACCUUUGACUACACAGCGAACAAUUUCGGCCUGAUCAACCGCACCUACGACACAGAUGCGGACAACGAGAACACCACACUCACGCAGUGGCAACGCUUCUACAACCACAUCCACGAACUGAACAAGCACGCCCCCCAUAAAACAGAAUACAAGGUUUUCUUCUUCGGCCGCCACGGCGAGGGAUGGCAUAAUGCCGCGGAGAGUCUUUACGGUACUCCUGCUUGGAAUUGCUACUGGUCCCUCCUAGCCGGCAACGGCACGGUAACCUGGUCCGACGCAGACCUCACCCCCGCAGGAAUAGCCCAAGCCCAAACCGCCCACGACUUCUGGGCUUCACUCAUUACCGGAGACGGGAUGCACACCCCAGACGCAUACUUCGUCAGUCCGCUGACGCGCGCGCUGCGGACGGCUAAUCUCACGUUCAGUGACCUAACCUUACCCAAGGAAGCUGCGGCGUUCAAGCCGCUGGUUAUGGAGGGGCUGCGCGAGGGGAUUAGUCUGCAUACGUGUGAUCAUCGGCGGAGUAGAUCAUACAUUACGGGGUUAUUUCCCGGGUGGGAGAUUGAAGAGGGGUUCAGUGAGGAGGACGAGCUGUGGAAUGGGGUGACUGGGGAGACGAGCGCGGCGCAGGAUGUGCGGAGUAAGAGUGCGCUGGACGAGAUGUUUGAGCGGACGGAUGGCAAGGAUCUGUUUGUGAGUGUGACGGCGCAUUCGGGCGAGAUUGCGAGUCUGCUGCGGGUGCUGGGGCAUCGGGCGUUCUCGCUCAAGACGGGCGCGGUGAUUCCUGUGUUGGUCAAGGCGAAGAAGUUCUCGAAUAAGUAUGCGCCGGAGCCGACCACGGUCCCCUGGACUACGUCGGCGCAUUGUACGGCGCCGCCGGUGACGUCGGUUACGGCGUGUGUGUGUGCGUCGACUGCGGCGCCGGUCACCACGCCUUUGGUCGCGGGGUUUUGA